AUGAGGAAAACACGUAGUAGGCCUUAUGCUAAUUUAACAGAAGUUGAUAUCAGACAUGAAGAGUCUACGACAACUACAGAUAAUAAAAAGAGCUAUGAAUCAAAUGAAGACAAUGCCAGUGAUUUUAUUGAAGAUUUGUUUGAUUUAUUGCCUGAAGCGGCAGAAGAACAACAGCUACAGAAUGUCGACGUGCUGUUUGACAUAGCUCCAGAUUUGGUAGAAAAUGUUGCCAUUGUAGUUGAACAAGUCAACCCAAUAGAAGUAGCGCCAACAGAGGAACACCAGCAGAUGGAGACAGCAGAGUCGAACUUAGAACAUAAUAAUACAGCUGCUUUGCUCGAGGAAACAGAUGAAGCUCCUAAAGGGUUCACCAAAAAUGGGAACCCGAGGAAAAGAGCUGCGCCGAGGUGUAAAGAAGACAUUAAAUCAAAAACGUGA